GCGGCGGCGGCGGCGGCGGCGGCGGCGGCGGCUGCCGCCGCGGAUGCAGAUGCGGAUGUGGAGACGGGCGGGGGCUCCGAGGGAAACCCGGACUUUCCUAUGGCCUCGCUCUAUGUGGGCGACCUGCACCCUGAGGUGACGGAGGCAAUGCUGUAUGAGAAGUUCAGCCCGGCCGGGCCCAUCCUCUCCAUCCGCAUCUGCAGGGACAAGAUCACCCGCCGCUCGUUGGGCUAUGCAUAUGUCAACUACCAGCAACCGGUGGACGCCAAGCGGGCCCUGGAGACCCUGAACUUUGAUGUCAUCAAGGGCAGGCCAGUGCGCAUCAUGUGGUCCCAGCGGGACCCCUCGCUCCGCAAGAGCGGGGUGGGCAACGUCUUCAUCAAGAACCUGGGCAAGACCAUCGACAACAAGGCUCUGUACAACAUCUUCUCGGCGUUCGGCAACAUCCUCUCCUGCAAAGUGGCCUGCGACGAAAAGGGGCCCAAGGGCUACGGGUUCGUGCACUUCCAGAAGCAGGAGUCCGCCGAGCGCGCCAUCGACGCGAUGAAUGGCAUGUUCCUGAACUACCGCAAAAUUUUCGUUGGGAGAUUCAAGUCGCAUAAAGAACGAGAGGCCGAAAGGGGAGCCUGGGCCAGACAGUCCACCAGUGCUGACGUCAAGGAUUUCGAGGAAGACACCGACGAGGAGGCCACCUUGCGAUGAAGACAUCCCAGGAGCGAGCCAGCCAGCAGAGCCAAGCCUUGGCUCCCACCCGGUUUACAACCCCCCUUUGCCUCCCCCACCCCCAACCCACCAGCAGUGUAUUGUAUUGGGAGUGCAGGUCUCUCGCUCUCUCGCUCUCGCUAUCUCGCUCUCUGUCCGUCUCUCUCUCUCCCCCCUUCCACCUUGCCUCCCUCCAUCUCUCCCCCCCCUCCCUCUCUGUCUCUCUCCCCUGCCCUCUCAUGCCCCCUCCCCCUUCCCCCACCCCCACCUUGGAUCUUGUGAAUAACCUUGCUAAUCUGUGCCACUUGACAGGUUAAAGCCUGCCUCUUCUCCUUGUGGUUUGGUUUAAAAAGCACUUUCUCUCUUUGUUUAUUGCACAGGUGAUACAGUUUCAUGGUAGGAACAUCAGGAAGGAGAAGGAAGUCAGAUGAGGGAAAACCAAGAGAGCAAUUGCUCCCCAUGACCCUACUACCCAGAGACAACCACUUUUACCUUUUUGGUGUGCUCUUUAUCCAGGCUCUCUUCUCUCCCUCUCUCUCCUGCCCUUCCUCACCCCCCCCCCCUUCACCUUCCCCUUUAACACACUGUUAUAGAAUGGUUCAUGUAUGCGGUGUUUCUUAACCUGCUUUUUCAAAAACAAAAACCAAACAAAAAUCAACCCACUGAACUCCUUUCCAUGUUAUUCAACAGGCUUCAGAAACAUAAUCUUCAGUGCCUGCAGAGUGUAUCAAUGGACCCUAUCGUUUCUGUAAUCAUUCCCGCAUUGUUGGACAUUCAGGUGGUGCCUAGUUCUUUCCCUGUGUUUAAACCCAGCACUGUGUAUACGCUGAUGAGUGAAUUCUUCCUUGUCAAGCCAAAUCUUCGCUAGCAUACCGGAUGAUCUUAAUUGUGGACUUGCAGGAUCCACAUGUGGACAUUUUAAAGACCUUUCCUGUGUGUUGCCAAAUGGCCCCUUCAUAAGCAUUGUACCGAUUUGCAUUCAUGCCAGCCAGCUCAGCUAGUAAAAAGAGUAUGCCCAUUUC